AUGUCUCAUGAGGAUGCUCCUCAUUCUUCUCAUUUGUCGGCUCAUGACCCUUCUCUUGUUCAACGUGAUCUAUCAACUCCUUCUCCAAUAAAUCUCCAUCCUAUGGUAACUCGCUCUAAGGCUGGUAUAUCUAACCCCAAGCUCUACAAUAUAUCUGUUGAUUUAAAUAUGAAUGAACCAUCUACUGUCAAAGCUAUGCAACUCGAGUAUGAUGCGUUGGUUAAAGCUGGCAUAUGGACUUUUGUUUCUCCUCCAUCUGAUGUAAAAAUCAUUGGCUCCAAAUGGGUCUUCAAAAACAAGUUCAAUACUGAUGGGACUUUACAACGUAGGAAAGCACGCUUAGUGGCUAAAGGUUUUCAGCAAACUUAUGGCCUUGAUUAUAUGGAGACAUUCAAUCCCGUUGUUAAAUAUACAAUAAUGCGUAUCAUUCUCACUCUUGAAAUCAUAUAUCGAUGA